AUGAGGAUUUGCACUAACACCCAAGCUUUCGGCGCCCCCAUUAACGCCAUUAUCAUCCCGAGUAAUACAACUGACAAGUGCCCUGCCGUCUCUAGUGUUCCCAGGGCCAGCCUUGCACCAAUUGUGCUCGCCGUUUCCCUCAGCCUAUAUGUGCAUAUGACAAGAACCCUAGAAGGUAAGUUGGCUGUGGGCCGAGCGUUCAGGGUGAGACCGAGACGCGGCCAGCGAGUGCCGGAUGGCCCCGCUGCUAAAACGGUCUCCAAGGAGGGACCGUACCCACACCUAAACCUUUCAGGGAUACAAGAUGCACUUCUACAGCUCGAAUCGGCUUCAAGCAGCACAGAGUUCAGAGGGGAUGAGCUUUCCCCCUUUUCCAACGACCCUUUUGCGCUUGCCUCCCUACCAGGAGAUGUGCUGGGCAAUCAACAGGAAUUUGUAGGCCAUGUUCGAAAUUGGCUUCCAUUUCGAUUGGAUGGGAACGGCAAAUAUGAUAAUGCAGCUCACCAAUUGGCCUUUGGUGGCGGCGGCGGUGGCCCUGAGUCGUCCUUCCAGCCUCGAACCGGGAAUAUUUCACAGCCCUUGUCCAGGGAGGAGUGGAUGACGGACACGGCCCGGUUGGUGUCGGCCGUCCAGACAUCGAUUCACCCUGCUCCGUCUCUCCAGAAAAUGGACCAGGAGUUUAGUCACCUGCCUAUGGUGCCUACCAAGCUUAACAAGGAGCUUGUACGGACGCAUCUACGGCUUCUAUCUCGUUUCAAGGCCUCGAUAAGCGGCAUACCCAACCCCGAGAACCCUUUUAUGAAACACUGGAUUCCGUACAUCAUCCAGGACCCGCUCCUCAUCAACACGGUCCUCUUCACCUCGGCCUGCUUCCUCAACGAAACGGGCCACUUGCCCAAGUCCGUUGUCGUCUUGCUGCGGGGCAUGGUUUUUCAGUCGUUGAACAAUACGCUGCGGUCUCGCGAGUCCCAGACGAGUGACUCGGCUAUUCUUGCUGUUGCUGAGAUGAUUCUGGACGAGUGGUACUGGGCCACGAUAUUUGCAUGUCUCUCGCCCAUGAGGUGCAGCCUUCCAUAUACGGUCGUCCUGGAUUUGAAUUCACCGAUCACAUCUUGGUUCCAUUCCAACUAG